UUUGAUGACGAGGCUCUUGCCGCGGCCUGCCUCGCGAGCCUGCUUUCCGCUCGUCUUCCCGACUUCUUUUCCACUGGCGGGUUCACACGCGGGCUGCGAGCUUACUUCAACAAACUUCGUCGCCUUCUCGCGUUCCACCUACCUCGACUUGCUGUCCGUCUGACCAAACUCAACACUCCACUCACGGGACUCACUACUGGUUGGGUGUACACACUUUUUGCCCAUGCUAUGCCGUUGGAUAAGACACAACGCCUAUGGGACAGUCUUCUUGCAGGCCCAGUCUCUUUUCCUAUGUUUUUUUACCUGGCCAUCUUUUAUCAGUUAGAUCAACAGGUCCAUUUUGAGUCGCUUAGUCUGGAAAGCAUCUGCACCUUGCUUUCCAACUUCCCUGAGUUCAAUCUCGAUCGGUGUCGGGCAGAUGCUCUUCGGUUUGCGGUCAGCACACCGGUUAGCUUCACACUUGGACCUCUCGGAGGCAGCGAAACCUCCGGGAAGCUAGCACACGUUAGACCUUUCGUAUCCAGCGAUUCUGUCGCCCAUGCAUUCAGCCUACACAGGUCAUCACUCUGGCCAGUGCCAGAAGUAUUGUUUGACUCGACUGAUUUGAUCGAUUUAUUUCUGGAAGAUUAUGCUGCUUCAGAAGAGGAAGAUGUAGAGGUAGAUGGACGAAGAAAGCAAUUGAAAGCAGAUGCUGACAUCAACAUGCCAGAUGAAGCAUUUUCCUAUAAAAAAGUGAGGAUGAACUCUUUUCAGCCACUUAUCGCCAGUGCUAGAUUUCGCCGUGAAGCUGAUAUGCUGGAAUGUCUGAGUGACCCUGCAGUUUGUUUGGCGCGCCACUCGGAUGCCAGCCAACCAGAUUUCCCAUUUGCUUAUUGCUCCUCCGUCACCAGCACCACCAACGCCAAUACUUUGAGUUUGCAAAAUAUUGAGCUGGCUGGGAUGGCUGUGAAACCCAUCGAACAAGGUACGCGACCUGAUAUCCAGUCCAAUGGUUACGUUUCUGAGCACACAGUAAUUGUUGACCAGCACACGGUGACAGCCAGUCAGAUAUUUCAGGCCCUGGUUAUUUUGAUUGAGGUACAUCUUUAG